GUGUUCCGCAGUGAAGGCGACUCAUUUGGGUUCAGCGUCUUUCAGACCUUGUAGUGCCCUUAAACUUGAACUCCAAACAACACUACCGAAAUGGCAUUUCAAAUUCCAGGGCUUUCGGCUCUGAAUAAACCGGGAUUAAUACAGGGUUUCAAAGUAUCUAAAGAUCAGCUGACCACCAUCGUUCCUGUUGCAGUGGCUGCGGCUCUGAGCACCUACAUACUGAUGCGCUACUUCAGUUCACAGAGCAGCCCCAAGAGCAGAGUCAACAUGACCAUCAACAAAGACAGUCCCAAAGUGGUCCACAGCUUUGACAUGGAGGACAUCGGAAGCAAGGCUGUAUACUGCCGCUGCUGGAGGUCCAAGAAAUUUCCCUACUGUGACGGCGCACACGCCAAACACAACGAGGAAACCGGAGAUAACGUCGGACCGCUGAUUAUUAAGAAGAAAACUUCCUAAACAUUGAGUGAGUUUUGACAUCAGUGUUUUCAAACCGCUGGAGGUGAUGGUUUCAUAUCACAGGGACUGUAAUUGUCGAUGUUAAUUCGCGCCGAGGACUUCCUGUAGCGCUGCAGACAUGCAUCAGGAAACAUACUGUUAACGUGGUGUGGUUUUUACACUCACUCUUCCUCUCAGCCUCCAAAACAACCCAUGUUUGUUUAAAUGUGCUUUAAAUGUGCUCUAACAUAACUCUGCACUACAGCACUGGUGAAUGUGAACCGAAGCUAAUACGCACAACGAACAUUUUAGUGAUUAUGAGGUGAAAAUGUAUGAUUUGUGUUUCUGUAUAGGUGUAAAACUAAACCAGGCACUAUUUAAACAGUAUUUAAAGGGAUAGUUCACCCAAAAAUUUACAUUCUGUUAUCAUUUUUACGGAAACAUUUAAGUUUCUUCUGUUGAACACAAAAGAAGAUAUUUUGAAGAAUGCUGGAAUCUGGUAGCAAUUUGCUUAAAAAAACAGUUUUUGUGUUGAUUUCACUUCAAAUAUCUUAAAAUUCUUACAUUAAGAAGCAUUUGGACAAAAUAUUGUUUUGUUUUCGAAAAUAAUGUCAAAAUUAAAUGGGUUUUUCCUUCAAACCAGAUAAAUUAUCUGCCGUAUAUCCGUCCCUAAAACAAUCAAAAAAAGGCUUGGUUCCAUUUUGAGUUGUUCAUUUUACUUAUACCCUAUUGCAGUGUUUCUCAACCACGUUCAUGGAGGACCACCAGAACUGCAUGUUUUGGAUGUUCUCCUUAGUCACACCCAUUACAGGUCUCUGCUAAUGAGCUGAUGAUCUGAAUCAGGUGUGUUUGGUUAGGGAGACAUGGAAAAUAUGCAGAGCUGGUGGUCUGGGCUUUAUUUAGAAGGGAUUGUAAAGCAUCGAUCCUGUGUGUGAGGUUUUAAAAGUACUGUAAAUUGUGUAUAUGUAUGAUUUUGAGUUUUUUUUAUGUUGGACAUCCUUAUUUAUUUUGGAUGCUCUUUAGUGAUCUAUGGACAAAUUGACAAUCAAAAUGUAAAUCAUAACAUAUUAAUUAACUCUAAAAAUAUUGUGGGUCCUCCAGGAACGUGGUUGAGAAACACUUCCCUAUUGCAAUGGGGUAUACGUAAAAUAAACAUAACUCAAAAUGGAACCAAGACUUUAUUUUGAUUGUUUUAUGGAAGAACGUGAUUUAUUUUGACCUAUUAUUUCUGAAAGCAAACCUAUAUAUUUUUACUUGUCUAAUGCUUUAGAAAUGUCUUUAUUUGUGGACUAGAAACAAGGCAAAAACUCUGUAGCAAAACAUUUAUUUGUCAAAUGGUGACUAGUAUUUUUAUAUGUCGUCUUGUGUGACUGCUUGAGAGUUGGUAAAUGAAGACAGAAUUGUUUUUGGGUGAACUAUUUGUCCUGACAUGCAAUGAGGAAGCCAUGUGUAUUUUGCUGUCCAAUGCUCUUGAAUUUCGAAUAAACAUGAUGUGAAAUGCG